CUUCUAUAUAUUCAAGUUUUCGCUUAGAAUUCGGUCCGUUACAUCCUGUUCACGGCUCGUCUGCGUUUAACUUUUAAUAGCAGAGACUUAAAGCACGUCUGUGUCCGACAUGGCCAAACCCAGAGUGUUUUUUGACAUCACCAUCGAUGGCAAAGGUGCAGGAAGAAUUGUGAUGGAGCUGAGAGCAGAUGUUGUCCCCAAGACUGCUGAAAACUUUCGCGCUCUGUGCACUGGAGAGAAGGGUUUCGGCUACAAGGGGUCUGGCUUCCACCGCAUCAUCCCAAAAUUUAUGUGCCAGGGUGGUGACUUCACAAAUCACAACGGAACCGGUGGAAAGUCCAUCUACGGCAACAAGUUUGCAGAUGAGAACUUCACUCUGAAGCACACAGGACCUGGCAUUCUGUCCAUGGCUAACGCAGGACCAAACACCAAUGGCUCACAGUUCUUUAUCUGCACUGAGAAAACCAGCUGGCUGGAUGGCAAGCACGUUGUGUUCGGGUCCGUGGUCGACGGCAUGGAGGUAGUCAGACAAAUGGAACAGUAUGGAAAAGAUUCCGGCAAGUGCUCUGCCAAGGUCACCAUCGCUGACUGUGGCCAACUUUAAAUACCGCUUCCACUCAACACCUAGCUUCAGUAUCGUGCAUUCCUUUCCCUUCCUUUAAUUUCCUUUUCUCAUUCCUAUUCUUAUUAAAACACUUGUUAGGAAAAAAAAAUUGUCAUAAAUAGAACAUUUGUUUAACAAAAAAUUAAAGGUGGAACAAUAAACUGUUCAAUCUGCUUUAUUAUGAUUGUCACAAACAUUAAAUGUUUUGUUUAUUCAAGCAUCAAGCUUUUUAAACCAUGGAAUAUUUAGAAAUUUCUAGGACCAAACUGGUGGUUUGAUUUUUAGAAAUGGCACUGCUGAAAUUCACUAACUGGCAGCAGUGACAGCACUAGAAUUAAACAUCAUGCUUGAAAUUGGAAAUUUUUAAACAGGUAAUGCAUUUUGGAAAUCGUGUACUGUGUUGAAGCUGUUGCAACUAAAAGCUGUAAUUAAUGGAAAAGGAAAUAAAGCUGUGUGCACUGUAUGCCUUUUGAGAGAAAUAAAUUUGAAAACUAA